CAGUAGAGUAGCUCCUGAAUUUGGUCUUAUCUCUCAAAUCUACUAGAGAGACAGAGAGAGAGAUGAAAGAGUGCGACUCGUCAGUCGUCACUCGAUAUAGCUAUAAAAUACCAAUUCAUGUAUUGCGCACAUACCACAUUUAUUAAAAGCUUCCUCUGUGUUUGGUUCUCCGUUAUACCCCUAUUGUUCUUCUCCUACCAGUGCGAUUCAAAAAAAAACCCCCCACUUCAUUUUUAAACUGUAUGCUAUAAUACGAUACUGAGUCGCUUUCAUAUGCAUAUGGGUACCGUCAUAUAAGCAGAUCAGAUCGAUAUAGGAAACCCGAGGAAUAAUACAGGCUCAGCUGGUUCUACAACGAUUCGACAGGAAUGGGACUUUACAGUGGGAAUAACUAUCGGCUUCGCACCUUAAGGCUGACCCUAGGGUGUAUCGGUAUAUAUAUUAUUUCUAAAUAUGGGAUCUUCGGAUACAUAUCCAAUAGUAUACUAUCAGGGGAAAGAACACAUUCUCUAUAUACAAGCGCACGCGGCGCUGACAAUGGAACCGAUGUAAGGAAAAGGCCGUUGAACACAUUGAGCCGAAUUGACCAUCUAUCAUUAGAUAGUGGUGAACUAGCCCAGCCUGAGAAGCACCUGGACAAGCCAAAGUUGAAGCGAGGGCACGAUACUGUGCCAGAUCUCACACAUGAUCGGUUAAGUGUGUUAAGUGGUGAUCAACCAACCAACACAAGGGGGAGCGUGACAGGUGAUAGUCAACCAAUAGACACAAAUACGGAUGCAUCGAAUUCACUGGACGAAAUCAGUCAUACAGCACCGUUUCGAGACGUAAGUGCUGCUCGGCAGGGUGGCAAUAAGACUGUAACUUCAGCGCACACAUCGAGACCCGCGCGUAUCUCGUACGUGUUCUUGACGCAUGAUUCGCUGCCGUUGUGGGAUGUAUGGACCGAGUACUUUCGCACCUGUACAGAAGGGAGCUAUGACAUUGUUGUACACUCCCAACUACCCAUGACUGUACUGGGCGGGCCUGAAGUACACUAUGUAGCACGAAGCCAGAUACUGCAUGGUCCGUUGCGAUUCAGUGUGAACAUGCUACACGCAUCCUUCCACUUGUACCGGAGUGCACUAGAACGCGGUUGUGGUGUCGACGAUGCAUUGGACUGUGAAGAAAGUCAACUACCCGACUUCAUUCAGCUGCUUAGCGACAGUUGUGCGCCAAUCAUGACCUGUCACGACGUGCACGCCUACACCGGGGAUUAUCGAGGUGCCAGUUUCGUCGAAGCCGAGCGCAACCCGUACAACGGUCUUCUCAAGGGCUCACAGUGGAUAGCUCUAACCGGAACCCACGCACUAGAACUGGUGCGGAACGAAGACAGGAUAGUGGACAAAUGGGACGGAUGGGGGGGGGGGGCGCCUGAUGAGUAUGCCAUCCCCGAUAUCAUGCAGGAGCUCAAGCUGCCGAUACACCAUCGUGUGUUGACCUUCGCGGUGUUUAAGAUUGAUAGCACGUACAGGUGGUUCAUAAGACUGGCCAAGAAGCGGAAAGUCCGGCUAGCGCAAAUAGGAGACUACUCACAUCCUUCAACAUUCCAGUCAACGAAGAGCGUAGCGCUGAUGAUGUGGGCGCUACAAGGUAACAACACUAUGGCUUUUGCGAGGAAAGUGGAACCUGGCCCUGCCAGCGAUUAUAUAAUAGAGACUCUGAAAAAAAGGCGGAAGUUGCUCAGAAUAGACGGACAGGAAAGGGGGAAGGAUGUCAAGGAAAACUAGCGAACAGAAUAGUUUGUAUGCACACAGGAUAGUGUACAAGCAUCUUGACACUAUAAAGAGCAGGUCAUAAAACCACUACAUUCGGAACUGAGUCUUCGGCUGCUGUACAUUCGUAUUCACCGUCUAGACAAUCCGACAGUUUACUUGGGCAGUUUGUCGUGCUUUGUUUUUAGUACGAGUGCUGAAAGUCUGUGCAAAAACGACACGAUCGAUUUGGUUGUACCAAGUUACCGACGUGUCGAAAAAUUGAUCCAUUGAAAUUCUAUGACUGACGAUCGAGGUAGUCUGUUUAACUUCUGCCCUUAGCACUUUAUUACUAAAAACGUUCACUUCUACAAUUGAUACAAAAUUAGCCCUUUCAGGUGCAUUGAUGGAGAAUAUGGGUACACACUGUAAUAUUUUGCAACUUCGAAUCUCAGCAACAUAUAUUGCAAGUAACUGUGUACACACCAACUUCCCUUUGGAUAUUGUAAAA